AUGCCUCAAACGGGAUACUUGAAGAGUCAGAACGAUGACCGUCUAAUCGUAACAACGGGGAGUGAAGCAGCUGCAAAAUACUGCUUGAAGACUUCGAUGCUGCAUCUGGAGGUAAAGAAUGUUGUUUUGAUCGUUGAAUGCGGUGGGCAACUGUCGAUUGUCAGGCCUAUGAGCUCACCAGUGCAAGUCCUUGCUCAUUUCCUAAGUUUACUCUCAGCUCUGGAGACACCCGCAGAGUUUCAUAGGCGAAUCAAAGACGACUUCCGACACGCUGGCCAGAACUGGGUCGUAGACGUCGAUAUCGAAGCGGAUUUCCCCUGGGCUGGCAUCGAAAAAGGGUGCAUGGAAUACACGAAUGGAGAUAUUCUUUUAUACUUUAAACCCGUCGUCAAGCGGAUAGUCGAGAUGGCCCGCAAUCGCAUUAUUGCCAUCCAUGUCUGGAACGGCACUUUGAAGGUCUACCAUUGAGAUUUCCCCUUCGUUCAGUGUAAGUCUGACUCAUCUGCAGAACGUUCUAAUAACGCGCCCUGUCGCUGAGAACGAAUAUCUUUUUCGGCAAAUAAACUCUCUUGUCCUCCUCGAUUCCAGUUACCCGUCGGCAAUUCCUCGCUUUGCUGGGGCCGACUUGCACUAGCAAGUCGGACCCAGCAACUCCGACAUACCACCAACUCCGACAUUUGCGAUAAAAUAUUAAUUAUUAAAUCAACCACAUAAAAUAUCGAAAUAACAAAAUUAGAUUAUUAUAGCCCUUAAUUAAGUCUAUAAUCGCCUAAUAGAGCUUUCUGCCAAAUAAAAAGGUUCUGGC